AUGAGCAUUUCAAAUUGGAUCACGACUGCGUAUUUAAUUACAUCAACAUCUUUUCAACCUCUUUACGGGUCCUUCUCCGAUGCACUUGGUCGAAGAAACUGCCUUUUUUUUGCUAAUGCGACCUUCACCAUAGGAUGUUUGGCGUGUGGUUUUUCAUCAAACAUUUACAUGCUUAGUUUCAUGAGAGCUUUGACUGGUAUAGGUGGUGGUGGCUUGAUCACUCUUUCUACGAUCGUAAACUCAGAUGUUAUUCCAACUUCCAAAAGGGGAAUUUUUCAAGCAUUUCAGAAUUUACUUCUGGGAUUCGGUGCUAUAUGUGGAGCAUCUUUUGGCGGUACUAUCGCUUCAACUAUUGGUUGGAGAUGGUGCUUCCUCAUUCAAGUACCAAUAUCUAUGAUUAGUUCCAUAUUAAUGAAUUAUUAUGUACCUAAUCAGAAAGAAUAUAACGAUCAAAACUCUAACAUUUUUAACGAUCCGAAAAAAAUUCUUACAGGCAUAGAUGUUAUGGGCUCAAUUCUUAUUAUAACUGGGCUCACUUUACAGCUUCUCUACUUGAGCUUGGGAUGCUCCACCUCGAAUCUGUCAUGGACUAGUCCAUCUGUAUUACUGUUAUUAUUUGGAAGUGUGAUUAUUCUUUUAUUAUUUAUACUGCAUGAAAGGAAAACAACCGCUAGAGCGAUUAUUCCUAUGGAAUUGGUUAGUUCCUCUUACAGUUUUGUGGUACUUUCGAUUAGUAUACUUGUCGGUUUUGCCAGCUACGCAUAUCUUUUUACUCUUCCAUUAUUCUUUCAGAUUGUACUGGGAGACUCCACUGCGAAAGCUGGAUUACGCCUUACAAUUCCCUCUUUAUUUACCCCGGUAGGCAGUCUUAUAACAGGAUUUUCUAUGAGCAAGUACAACUGUCUACGGUCGUUGCUUUACCUUGGUAUAUCUCUGAUGUUUUUGGGUAACUUUUUAUUUCUUUUUAUUGAGGAAACAUCUCCAAAUUGGUUAAUUAGCUUAUUCUUGAUCCCGGCCAAUUUGGGACAGGGAAUUACAUUCCCUACGACCUUGUUCACUUUCAUAUUUAUGUUUCCUAAGAGCGACCAAGCGACUGCUACAUCAACUUUAUAUCUAUUCCGAAGCAUUGGCUCUGUUUGGGGUGUUGCGAUUUCAGCUGGUGUUAUUCAAUUAUCUUUUGCAAACUUUCUGUGUACUAACUUGAAAGGCUUAUUGGAUGAGAACACAAUAAAGAAAUUGGUCAUCAAGCUCAGCGACAAUUCAUCCUAUAUCGGAUCAUUACAUGGCGAGGUAAAGAGUGCAGUAAUAAAGAGUUUUGAUGCGGCGACUAAAAGGGCACACCUAAUGUCUACACUUCUCUCUUUAUUGGCGCUAAUUUUGUGUGUACUUAAAGACAAUUUAGCAAGACCUAGGACAAGAAAAUAG